ACUUCCUCCUCUGUAGCCUCUAGAUUUGUACACAAAGGCUGCUGCUACUGUCACCACCGAGGAAGAGCUGCUCCGAAAGCACCUACCAUGGUGGAUUCAUCAGCCGUUCUUGUUUUCCUGCUACUUCUGUGGGGAGGUGAGAGUGAGUCAGACCCCAGGGUCACAUCUUCAGAGGAGGCCACGGAAUGGGGACACAGCGACUUGUCUCAGCCUGGGUCCUGCCAGCCAGCUGCUUCCUGCCACAAGUGCAUCCUCUCACAUCCCAGUUGUGCGUGGUGCAAGCAACUGAACUUCACCGCCUCGGGGGAGGCUGAGGAAAGGCGCUGUGCGCGGCGAGAGGAGCUGCUGGCCCGCGGGUGCCCCGCGCAGGAACUGGAGGAGCCACGCGGCCACCAGGAGGUGCUGCAAGACAAGCCACUCAGCCAGGGAGACCGAGGCGAGGGGGCCACCCAGCUGGCCCCGCAACGUGUCCGGGUCACACUGCGACCAGGGGAGCCACAGAAACUCCGGGUCCGCUUCCUUCGAGCGGCGGGAUACCCGGUGGACCUGUACUACCUUAUGGAUCUGAGCUACUCAAUGAAGGAUGACUUGGAACGCGUGCGCCAGCUCGGGCACGCCUUACUGGUCCGGUUGCAAGAGGUCACCCAUUCUGUGCGCAUAGGUUUCGGCUCCUUCGUGGACAAAACAGUGCUGCCGUUUGUAAGCACAGUGCCCUCCAAGCUUCAGCACCCGUGUCCCAGCCGGCUGGAGCGGUGUCAGCCGCCCUUCAGCUUUCGCCAUGUGCUGUCCCUCACUGGGGAUGCUCAAGCCUUUGAGAGAGAGGUGGGACGCCAGAAUGUCUCUGGCAACCUGGACUCACCUGAAGGCGGCUUUGACGCCAUUUUGCAGGCUGCCCUCUGCCAGGAGCAGAUUGGCUGGAGAAAUGUGUCCCGACUUCUGGUGUUCACUUCAGAUGACACAUUCCACACAGCUGGGGAUGGGAAACUGGGUGGCAUUUUCAUGCCCAGUGAUGGGCGCUGCCACUUGGACAGCAAUGGCUUCUACAUCCACAGUGCAGAGUUUGACUACCCUUCUGUGGGUCAAGUAGCCCAGGCUCUCACCGCAGCGAACAUCCAGCCUAUAUUUGCUGUUACAGGCGCAACCCUGCCUGUCUAUCAGGAGCUGAGCCAGCUGAUUCCCAAGUCGGCUGUUGGGGAGCUGAGCGAAGAUUCCAGCAAUGUGGUGCAGCUCAUCAUGGAUGCUUACGAUAGCCUGUCGUCCACGGUGACCCUGGAACACUCCCCACUGCCUCCUGGAGUCAACAUCUCUUUUGAAUCUCACUGUACGGGUCCCGAGAAGAGGGAGGGUGAGGCUGGGGACCGGGGACAGUGCAGUAAUGUACGCGUUAACCAGACGGUAGACUUCUGGGUUACUCUUCAAGUCACUCACUGCCUCCCAGAGCCCCAUCUCCUACGGUUCUGGGCCCUUGGCUUCUCAGAGGAGUUAACUGUGGAGUUACACACACUGUGUGACUGUAACUGUAGUGACACCCAGCCCCACGCUCCCUACUGCAGCGAUGGCCAGGGGGACCUUCGAUGUGGGAUCUGCAGCUGUGCCCCUGGCCGCCUUGGUCAGCUAUGUGAGUGCUCUGAGGCCGAACUGUCCUCCCCAGAUUUGGAAUCUGGCUGCAGAGCCCCCAAUGGGACAGGGCCCCUGUGCAGUGGGAAGGGACGAUGCCAGUGUGGGCGUUGCAGCUGCAGCGGUCAGAGCUCUGGGCGUCUGUGCGAGUGUGACGAUGCCAGCUGUGAACGGCAUGAGGGCAUCCUCUGUGGAGGCUUUGGACACUGCCAUUGUGGAGUAUGUCACUGUCACGCCAACCGCACGGGCAGAGCAUGCGAGUGCAGCGAGAAUGUGGACAGCUGCGUCAGUCCCAAAGGAGGGCUCUGCAGCGGGCAUGGACACUGCAAAUGCAACCGUUGCCAGUGCCAGGAUGGCUACUAUGGGGUCCUGUGUGACCAGUGCCUCGGCUGCAAGUCACCAUGUGAGCAAUACAGGGAUUGUGCAGAGUGUGGGGCCUUUGGCACUGGCCCCCUGGCAGCCAAUUGCAGCAUGGCCUGUGCCGAUGUGAAUGUGACCAUGGCCUUGGUCCCUAAUUUGGAUGAUGGCUGGUGCAAAGAGAGGACACUCGACAACCAGCUGUUCUUCUUCCUGGUGGAGAAUGUGGCUGAUGGAGUCAUACUGAGAGUGAGACCCCAAGAGAAGGGAGCAGGUCACACCCGUACCACCAUACUGGCCUGCAUAGGUGGCAUUGUGGCAGUGGGACUUGGGUUAGUCCUGGCUUAUCGGCUCUCUGUGGAAGUCUAUGAUCGCCGCGAGUACAGCCGCUUUGAGAAGGAGAGGCAGCAACUCAACUGGAAGCAGGACAACAAUCCUCUCUACCAAAGUGCCAUCACAACCACUAUCAACCCCCGCUUCCAAGGGACAAACGGUCCUGAUCCCUCUCUCUGACCCAGGCAGCACUCACUUAGGAUUCUUGUUUUUGAGGACAGUGGGGAACAACAGGGCAGGGCCUGUCAGAGGGCUGCUUCCCACGGUUGCAGCUAUUCCUCACCUCAUGAGGGGUUCUUCCACAAUAAAGCCUUGCCUCAGA